AUCUCCUUACCUUGAAUAAUUCAACAUAUCACACCAUUACUGGCACGGUUUGAUUCCAACACCUUAGGAGACACACCAAGUCUUAACAAGUAGGAUCUGUCUGCUGCUACAGAGCACUGAUCUUCUCACGGACUUCAAGGCAAAGUAAAACAAAGACAAUGAUCUGAGCGCUCAGUGGGUCUUGUAUUAGAUAAUAUUUGUUUUGUGGACUUAAAUCUUUCUUUUAUAUAUUCCAUUAUAAUUUUUUAAUUCAUCUGGAUCCUUGGAAGUGUCUGGCAGACGACCAAGCGGAGCGUUCACUGAAAACAAGUUGGCAUUGAAGAGAAACUCAAACCGACAGUAACUGACAGUAAGCCCUGAGAAGUAUCUCACCUGAAAGCUUCAUGCUCAUACUCUCUGCUGACUCAAAACGGGUGACUUUCUGGUGACUCGAGAAGAGUUAUCUGCGCAUCUUCCACGUCUUCACCCUCACCACCCUCUAUUUCCUCGUCAACAAGAUGUCAACAACAGAGAAAGUUGAGACCAAAUCAAAAAGUGAGAAAAUGCUCCCUGCACAGGAGGCGGCCAAAAUCUAUCACACCAACUACGUCAGGAACGCGCGAGCCGUCGGUGUCCUGUGGGCGAUAUUCACCAUCUGCUUUUCCAUCAUAGAAAUGGUGGUGUUCAUCCAACCGUACUGGAUCGGGGACAGCGUCAACACCCCGCAGGCCGGAUACUUCGGCCUGUUUCACUACUGUAUCGGCAACGCGCUGACCUCGGAGCUCAUCUGUAAAGGAAGUGCCUUGGACUUUGCUUCCAUCCCGUCCCCAGCCUUUAGGACAGCCCUCUUCUUCGUGGGUACAUCCAUGCUGCUGAUAGUGGGCUGUAUGGUCUGUUUCACACUGUUCUGGUUUUGCAACACCGGGAGCGUCUACAAGAUCUGUGGGUGGAUGCAGUUUGCAUCAGCCAUCCUGAUGGUGAUGGGCUGCAUGAUCUACCCUGACGGCUGGGACGCCCCAGAGGUGAAGAGGAUGUGUGGCGAGAGGACAGACAAGUACACCCUGGGGAACUGUACAGUGAGGUGGGCCUACAUCCUGGCUAUGAUCUGUGUCUUGGACUCUCUCAUCCUUGCCUUCCUGGCCUUUACACUGGGUAACAGACAGGACAAACUGCUGCCGGAUGACUUCGAAGUGGAGGGGCAAGAAAAGCAAUGAGGCGCUGGAGUAUGAAGAGAUGGAAGAACAAUGCAUCAUUCUGGCGCUCAUGACUAUCAGGCCAGGGAUACAGCAAGGCCUCCACGGAUAGUGUUUUUACAAUAUACACAAAGGUGUCCUGUCC